CGACCUAAAUGGAACUGGACCUUAAAUAGUAAUAUUGGUAACACCUGUGUUUACCUACCAUGUUAAAAUGGCUGCUGUUUGUUGACAGCAAACACGUUUAAAACACUGAACAUGUCUCAUAACACCACGUGUUCUUGUUUUCAUGCAUAACGUGCAUGGUGGAUUAUGGUAUAAAUGACUCAUACUCCUGUUGUGCCCCCCCUGUGCUCGCACUAUGUGAAGUUCGUGAAAGGUGACGGGUGUUUUUGUGAGGAUUGUGUUCACCUGCUGCCACCUGAACCUGCAGAAUAACCAUGAACAGUCCGCCGAGCCCUUCUCCAGCCCGGUGGUUCAAGCUGCGAAGGACCAGGUUUGGGGAACCAUGUUUGAAGACAUAUACUCUGGAGAGUGUGGAUCUGCUGAGGAGGGCAAGAGUUGCUUUUCAGAAUGGACGUACCCUCAAGGAGGUCUUUAGACUGUCCCAACUGGAGGCUGUGGUUCGGUUUCUGGAGGAACAUGAGUGUGACUUUGUGGAAGCUCUUGCAAGGGACCUUCACAAGCCACGGUUUGAGACAGUUUUGUCAGAACUGACUGUCGUCAAGAAUGAGGCACGUCAUGCCAUCAACAACCUUAAGAAGUGGAUGAAGCCACAGUAUAUGGAAAAAAACCUGUCCACCACAAUGGAUGAGUGUCUGGUGGUCAGUGAGCCUCUGGGGGUGGUGUUUAUCAUAGGGACCUGGUGCAGUCCUAUCCAAAUGUGUCUGGUGCCACUGGUAGGGGCCAUCGCAGCAGGAAAUUGUGCAAUCAUUGGCCCCUCUGAGUGCACUGCUCACACAGCAGCGCUUCUUCACCGUCUCAUCCCCUUCUACUUGGAUAAUGAAUGCUUCCAUGUGAUUCUUUCAGGCGUGAAUGACUUGCCUAAAGUUGUGGAACUUAAAUUUGACCAUGUCUUCUUUUCAGGAAACCGAGAGGAUGGAAGCAGAAUUGCUCAGGCUGCAGCUCGCACACUCACACCCGUCACCCUGAUUUUGAGUGGCAAGAACCCGUGUUAUGUAGACCAACAGUGUGAGAUUGCCACCACCGCACAGCGCAUCGCCUGGGCACGUUUUCACAAUGCUGGACAGAGCUUGGUGGCUCCUGAUUACGUCUUGUGCCAUGCAGAUGUCAAAGCACAGCUAGUGGAGGCGCUGAAGUACUACCUGAUGCAGUUCUAUGGUUGUGAUCCCAGAGAGUCCUGCAGUUACGGCCGCAUGGUCAAUCUAGAGCUCUUCAAUCGUACAAGAGACAUGCUCUGGAGAUCUGGCAAGGUGGUUGUGGGUGGGCAAGUAAUAGAAGCAGAGAAAUACAUUGCCCCAACGAUUUUGACAGAAGUCACAGAAACCGAUGCCAUCAUGCAGAAGGAAAUCUGUGGCCCGGUUCUUCCUGUUCUGACUGUAAACAAUACGGAUGAGGCAAUUUCCUUGAUUAAUAAGCAAGAUAAACCCCUCUGUGUGUAUGCAUUUUCCAGAAACGGCAAGGUGAUCUCAAGGCUAAUGAGUGAGACAUCGAGUGGAAGCUUCUGUGCCAAUGACAGCAUCCUGCAGAGUCUGAUGGUGGCUCUGCCUUUCGGCGGAGUUGGUGCCAGUGGAAUGGGUUCCUACCAUGGUCGCUACAGCUUUGACACCUUCUCUCACAGGAAAUCAUGCCUGCUAAGAAGCACACGGUUUGAGUGUGUAACCUAUCUGCGUUAUCCACCCUAUGAGGACCGCAAUCUGUCUCUAAUGACAUGGGCCAGCACCGUGUCCCAGAAGAGCCAGGGCUGGUGCCAGAUCCUGUGACUGUGUGGGAGAGUGAUAACAGAGCCAUCUUGGAAGAAUGCCCCCUAAGUCCUGAAUAGUCCUGACAUGCAAGUGUAAUGUUUGUUUAUUAAAAAUAGAUGAGAACAAAACGUACUGGGGUACAGCUACAUCUGACAGAGGAAGAGCAAUAUGCCUAGUCGUUCAAUCUCUAGGUGAUGACAAAAACCAAAUAGAACAAAAACUACUCCAUUAUUUAAAGUUAUUUUGCUGCAUUACCAUAAAUGUACACUAACUCAGCUGACUGUAUGAAUGGAUGCAUGUAUGAAUGAAACAUUACCUGUACAAAAUGAAAUAACAAGGUGUGUCAGCAUUUUUGUACCAAUAUAAGCUGAAUGGCUUAAGAUUUUGCCACAGUUUGGGUUUAUUACUCUCUACAUGCUUAGAUUAUGUUAAGGAAGCUGCACCAAACCAAGAAACC